AUGGCUAUCAAGUUGUGGUGUACGUUUGUGGAAUUGGCGGCUUUGACGUGGAUCGUGGGAGUCCAAGGCCAUGUAAUCCCAGCAGCCGUGCCGGCUGUCGUCACGCGAUUUGAAGAUUAUGAUCCUCAUCCUCAAUACAGCUACGCCUAUGACGUUCAAGACAGCAUUACCGGCGAUUCAAAAAAUCAAUACGAGACCCGAGAAGGUGACGUAGUGAAAGGCAGCUAUUCCUUGAUCGAAGCCGACGGGACUCGGCGCGUCGUCGAGUACACGGCCGAUCCGGUCAACGGAUUCAACGCCGUCGUUCAUCGAGAGCCCGCCGUCGUAGCGGCACCAGUUCCUGCCGUAGUAGCCGCUCCGGUACCAGUGCCCGCAGCUCCGAUCGGCAUAGCUCCAGCUCCACUUCCACCCGCGCCUCCUCAAGUCGAAAUUGACAAUCCCAACUCGGAAGUAGAGAUUAUCGAGACUCGAUCGAGCAAACCGCAGAACCAACCGAUUCAAAAUAAUGGAUACGUCUACACAAAACCCAAUGAAACUUCCGAAGCCAAUCAGUUGAAAGCUGUUGUUAGAAAUACAGCAUUCAUCAACACUGCACCAGCUCGAGCCAUUGCUACACCUUUAGCUCGAGUUGAGGUUCGAAGAAUCGUUGCACCUACUACAAAUGUUGAGCUAAGCUAUCCGGCGUAUACAGCUACUUACACGUCACCGAUCGCCUACAGCGCGCCGAUUUCUGGGCUCGGGCUGCCAUAUACAACGAUUGUUUGA